AUGGGUAAAAAAAUUAAUCAUUCACAAAUAUUUCCUAAUAACCCAAUGCUCAUGUGUAUAUGCGGUAGUUCCGGUUCUGGGAAAACUCAUCUCACUUUUAACAUGUUGACAACACCAAACCUUUUAGAUUUCGAUUCUUUGUGUAUCUACACAACAACACCAGAGCAAUCGUAUUAUCAAUUUCUCAAAGCUUUAGAAUAUCUACCAAAGAAAGAUGUUCAAGACCUAUUUCAAUAUUACAAAGAAAACGAAGAAGAAGUGGAAUUAAAAGAUUUCAUAGAUAAUUACAUCGAAGGAAAGAAACCAACGGAUAUAAAAGUUUUUCUUACGAAAAAUGUUAAUGAUCUAGAUUUGUCUCAAAUUGAUAGCGAGCGAAAGAACUUACUAGUGUUUGACGACUGCGUAGCGCAAAGAAAUCAAGCCGUUCAACAAGAAUUCUUCACGAAAGGAAGACAUCACAACUGUCACUGCAUAUACCAAUCCCAAUCUUUUUACGGGAUGGAUUCUAUGUUCAUUAGAAAAAAUGCGAAUUAUUUUUUAUUAUUUGAAACGACAAAGAUUUAUCUCAAAUCGUUCAAUCGAUAA